AUGGCAAGCCAGCCGAGUUCUGGAGGGUUCUCUCUGUUCCCGAACCCAAACUACAGGCACACAAGCCCGCGCCCCCGAACGACAACACCAAGCAACGGUGGUGCGAGGGCCACCACGCCUCAGAGCUCUGCCCCUCCCCGCGAUCUUUGGCCCGAGUCCUCGCCGCCCAGGCAGCAUCGCACUCCGGAGCGCAAACCAUCUACCAGGCAACGCAGGCAACCGCAGAGCCAAGGAGUCGGCAUCAGCCAGGGGGCCGCUUCUUCGACGAACCCAGGCCGAGCGGAGGAUCCGUGGAUCGGCAGUUCCGCCGCUGCCGCACAAAUCCAGCGUCCGGCCGCCGUCGUUGAGGCGCCGCCGAGAUGUGACACGGCCUUCUCAGAAGCGCAGACACUGGUUCGCAGCAACAGUAACAGGUCUUGCACCUCCGUAGGUCACAAAAAUGGUGCCCAAGGGCCUUCUUCUUCGGGAGGCGAGCCUCAAGCGUUGAGGUCGAUAUUCCCAACAUACAAUCACGACCUGCCUCCAGAUAGGCAGGAAUACUUUCCAACCCAAGCAAGCCCCACGCACAUACCCAUGGCCGUCAUCAGCAGGCCCUUGUACACGCCAGAGCCUGAAAUACAACAUACCCAACAACCGCAACACCCACAGCUCACUUCCUCUUCUCCCCAACUGCAAGCGCAACAAUUUCACCGGCCUCUGCAAGCCGACAUGCAAAUGCCGCAGCAGCCCGCUCCGGCAGCAGUGCCGGCAUCAUCUCCGCCACCAAUACCUACCCCCGUGGCCAGGUGGCCGCCGCGGCCCGCAGAGCCUCCCACCACACCCCACGUCAGCUCUACGGAAGAGCUGCGGUCACUGUGGAAAGUAGUGAGCGGGUGGAAGGCUACUGCUUCCGAAGGCCGUCUAUUCUGUCUCAAGAUGACAGCCGAGCGAGACACGCCCAUAUACACCCUCUCGUCGACAACGCAGCCCUUCUACAACCUCCGCAUCGACCCGACAUCCGCAUCCGCCUACGUCACCCUCUCGCGUCACGACCCAAGUAAAGUAUACAAAGCACCAGCGGAGCCGGCUCCGACUGCCUCGGAUCCCGGAAGCCCCGGUGGAUCCAUGCCGCCCGCAUCCGUGGUCGGCACAGGCAAGGACGGCAAGCACUGGCAAUCGGCGCUGACGACGACGCUCGAGGAGGCGUCUCGGCGGCACGCGCCAAACGACGGCCUCGUGGCGCUCUUGUACCCGCAGGCGGCGGCGCGGGUGGCGCUGGAGCGGCCGGACGAUGUGGCGACCAUCAUGACGGCGGAGCGCGAGUGCGCGCGGCUGGUGUGGGACGACGACACGGGCAACCACUACCUGGUGCACCCGGCGCUGGCCAUGCCGUUCUGCGUCACCAUCGACCGCAACCCGGCCUGGAGCCGGACCGAGUACACGCUCGAGCACCUCGAGAGCCCGCAGCACAUCGCGCGGCUCACGCGCGACGGCACCGGCAACGGCUGGCUCGAGCUCGACACGGGCAUCGCCUCCAAGAUCGACAGCGUCUACAUCGUCGAGGUCGCCGUCGCGGCCCUGAUGCUCGUCGCGCACGGAGACACCCAGUUCACCCGCAGCGACGUCUUCGAGGCCCCGCCCGUGCACAUGAUCUUUGCCGCGCCGCCGCCCAGCUGCGGUUCCGGCUCUGGGGACGGCGGCAAGAAGAACAAGAAGAGGGACAGGAAGAGCUCCCGCGCGACCGCCAAGAAGAGCGGCAGCGGCGGCACGCCCAAGACGAAGCUUGAUCAGUUCGAGCUGGAUAUCGAGAGCCAGACGAGCGACCUGGCCAAGCUGGAUGUUGUCAACGAUAAAGAAAAGAAGCUGCCUAGUUUGGCGAGGCUGGUCAUCAAGCUCAUCACGGUGACUUUCAAGUGCUUCAUCUGGGUGCUGACGGCAAUGUUCAAGGCCUUGACGGGUUGCAUAUCGGUGUCGGCUAGAUGUCUGACGUCGGAGAAGCUGUAG